AUGCAGGCGGUGGUGCACUACGGCGAACAGUUCGUGGAGGUCCCGGACGCGUCCGUCACACUGAGGGAUAUUUGUGGCUCAUUUGGAAUGACUGGCGACCUCGCAGGCGUCUGCAUUAAACAUCGGGCGACCGGGCGCGUGGUGGCAACGCUACCAUUUGAGUGUCUGCCCGCUGCCAACGACGCACAGGGAGAGGAAGAGAAAAUAUACGACGUCUGCGCCCCAUCGGAAGGUGGCGUGGAGGAAUCCACCCCGACGACGGAUGACAUGACGGACAUCUUGAGACAGUUGGUGCGGUUGGGUGCCACGUCACUCCUCUCAACAGAGUCGGAACAAAAUUGCUCCCUAGACCCAUACGAUCCUCGUAUGUCACCGGGAUUACUGAUGCGGACAAUUUAUCCGCCUUCUCUCUACUCGCCCUACCGACACCGCGGGGAUCCACUCAAUAUGCAGGGAAGAUUUGCCAAUUCCCCCAUUACGGGAAAGAUGACGGGACCACCGUAUGUGAGUGCCGUGGAGCCAUACACUGUGGAAGCGCCAACGGAGCUGACGUUGCAGUUACGGCCUGAUCUUGUCCCGCAGAGCGAAGAGGAAGCACGUGAUAUUCUUCAAGGGCUUGUGGCUGCGGCCACGCGGGUAAAGGCCAUGGUGGCCAUGGCCGAUGAGGAGGAAAAACGGCAUGCGCCAUCAGACGUAAAGCCAAAUGUGGCGCUCAUGCAAAUGAAUUGA